GUUUUCCGCGCGGGAGAUGCAAGCGCGAGAAGUUGUUCAUUUUAAGAGUCGCCGCCAGUAAGAUAACCAUUUUUUGACGAUCACCACGGGGUUAACAUGCCCUGCGAGAGAAAGCCAAUUCGCUAUGGCCAUUCAGAGGGCCACACGGACGUCUGCUUCGAUGAUGAGGGAAGGUGUAUAGUGACCUGCGGUAGUGACGGUGAUGUCCGCGUAUGGGAAGGUUUAGACGAUGAUGACCCCAAAUCCAUAAACGUUGGGGAGAAAGCCUACGCUGUGGCUUUGAAAAGUGGGAAGUUGGUUACAGCGGUUUCUAAUAAUACGGUUCAGAUUCAUACAUUCCCUGAUGGAGAUCCUGAUGGAAUACUUACACGUUUCACCACAAAUGCAAACCAUGUCACUUUCAACUUCGCAGGCACAAGAGUUGCUGCUGGAUCUAGUGACUUCAUGGUGAAGGUGAUUGAGGUGAUGGACAGCAGCCAGCAGAAAGCUCUCCGGGGCCAUGCUGCUCCUGUGCUCAGCGUGGCCUUUGACCCCACUGACGAGUUUCUUGCCUCGUCCAGCUGCGAUGGCUCAGUAGCAGUGUGGUCUUUAGAAAACCAGACUCAAGUGGCGAAUUGGGCGGUGCUACAGAAGAGCAGUGAUGUUAGCAAUGCCAAGUCUCUGUGCAGGCUGGCUUGGCAGCCGCAUUCCGGACAGUUUCUAGCGGUUCCGGUAGACACAACUAUCCAGCUGUAUGAGCGGGGCUCCUGGACUCAUGUCGGUACCCUCUCUGAUGACCUCCUCACCCAGGUUGUUAACGUGGUGGUGUGGUCGCCGUGUGGGAAGUUCCUGGCAAUGGGUUCGGUUGGAGGGGACCUUGCUGUGUGGGACAUUGAAGCCAAGCUGUGCAUUGAGAGACAGAAGCAUGAGCGUGGCUACACUGUGUGUGCUAUGGCCUGGCAUCCCUCUGGAGGCCAGAUUGCUUACACAGACACAGAGGGUUGUCUGGGUCUGCUGGAUGAAGUCUGUGUGCCCUCAUCAGCCUCCAGCAGCAGCAAGAGCGCCAAGACUGCAGCAAGCAAAGAGUCAAAGGACUAUGACGAUCUGUUUGAUGAAGAUGAUGGUGGUGUUCAUGUGCUGGAUGAAUGCGUGAGUGACUCCCGCUCACCUGCAAAGAGUGCUGUCAUGGAGGAUGACGAUGAUCUCAUGCCAGCCACCAGCAGACCACGGAACAGAGGAGCCUUCCUUGAUGAUGACGAGAAUUCUCAAGACACGGCUUCAGUGAAGGCAGACGGGUUUGUAGAGGAAGACGGCGUUGGCACUGUCCUCUCAACUGCGGUGCCAGCUGUCACCCGUCCAGCCUACGACGGGCCCAUGCCCACCCCACCCCAGAAAGCCUUCCAGCCAGGCUCCACGCCUGGCCACCUCAUGCACCGCUUCAUGGUGUGGAACUCUGUGGGUAUCGUGCGGUGCUAUAACGAUGACCAGGACAACGCUAUUGAUGUGGAGUUCCACAACAGUGCUGUCCACCAUGCCAUGCACCUCACUAAUACUCUGGAGCACCGCCUGGCCGACCUGUCGCACGAGGCCGUCCUGCUCGCCUGUGAGGGAACUGAUGAAGUUGCGAGCAAGCUCCAGUGUCUUCACUUCUCCUCGUGGGACACAAAGAAAGAGUGGAUGGUGGACCUCCCCAAAGGCGAGGACAUCAGGGCCAUCUGCCUGGGCCAGGGCUGGGCGGCGGCUGCCACCAGUUCCCUGUUUGUGCGCCUCUUCUCUAUCGGUGGCCUGCAGAGGGAGCUGCUGAGCCUCCCAGGCCCUGUGAUCUGCAUGGCGGGUCACGGGGAGCAGCUCCUCAUAGCUUACCACAGAGGUACUGGGUUUGAUGGCGACCAGGCCCUGGGAGUGCAGCUGUUGCAGCUGGGUCGAAAGAAAAGGCAGGCCAUCCACGGGGAACCACUGCCUCUCUCCCGCAAGUCCUACCUGGUGUGGAUGGGGUUCAGUGCAGAGGGGACGCCGUUUUGUGUGGAUUCCGAAGGCAUAGUACGCAUGCUAAAUCGAUCUCUGGGAAACACAUGGACUCCUGUGUGCAACAUACGAGAGAGCUGUAAAAGCAGAUCAGACCACUACUGGGUGGUCGGCAUCCAUGAAAACCCUCAGCAGCUCAGGUGUAUCCCCUGUAAAGGUUCCCGAUUCCCCCCUACACUGCCCCGCCCUGCUGUAGCCAUCCUGCCUUUCAAACUGCCUCUCUGCCACACCAGCACAGAGAAAGGUCAGAUGGAGGAGCAGUACUGGCGCUCAGUCAUCUUCCAGAACCACUUUGGCUUCCUGUCCUCCAGUGGCUAUGAGGUGGAUGAGGAGAAGCAGAAGCAGAUGGAGAAGGCGCAGCAGGAACUGCUGAUGAAGAUGUUUGCUCUAUCAUGUAAGCUGGAACGAGAGUUUCACUGUAUGGAGCUGGCGGAGAUGAUGACCCAGAGCGUGGUGACACUGGCCAUCCGUUACGCCUCCCGCUCCAGACACAUGCUUCUGGCCCAGAAGCUCAAUGAGCUCGCGCUGGAGAAAGCCAGUCACCUGCAAGAGGAAGAGGAAAAUGAGGAGGAGCAGGAAGAGGAGGCAGCCUAUUGCAGGACAGUACAGAGUGCAGGGUUUAACCAAGCCAGUGAAGCAUCCCAAAAUUCUAGCUAUAGACAAGUGCAAGAAAACUGUGAAGAGGAAGAUGAUGUACAGGAAGAACCAAUGGAAGCAGAGGAAGGAGCUGAUGGCAAGAAUCCCUGUGUGAACCCUUUCAGUAAAGGAGGAAGAUCACCUGAGAGGCCUUCCUUGAAAGCAGUCAGCAAAGAAAGCCGUGUGAAUCCUUUUAAGGUCUCUGGAGCAGGAAGGUCAACCAGAUCCCCUGCAGGGCAGCCCCGAGUAGCUAACGUGCUGGACACCAUGACCAGUAGGAGACCCUCACUGUGCAGCUCCAUAAAACAGAGCAAGACUGCAGUGCUGAAGCCCCUGGCACCCAAAGCCAGGUCCAAGACGCAGGCCACUCUGCUGCAGAUGAGUGCACCGAAAGGAGCUGGCAAGAAGCAGGUGGAAAAUGAGGUGGAGAAACAGACAGUGCAGAAGCUUCCAGCAACAGCUGGAGGUGGUGUAGAAAGCGUGAGACAGAAGACAGGCUUCCAGCUGUGGCUCGAGCAGAACCGGAAGAGCAUCCUUGCUGACCGUCCAGAUCUGGAAGAGACUGAGAUCAUCAAAGAGGCUAUGGGCCGCUUCCGCACCCUCUCAGCUGACGAGAGACUGAGCUGGACAGAGAGAGCGAAAGGCAUGUCUGGGGAGGUUGUAGACCUCAAGAAAAGGAAGCGAGUGGACGAGGAAAAAAAAGAGGUGGACGUGCAGCUGGAGACCAAUGCAAAUGAUGCAAAAAAGAGAAAACCUCUGGACACAUCAGCCAAGCUCUCUGCAUUUGCUUUCAGCAAGAACUGACUUCAGUUUAAUACUGAGGGCUUUUUUUUUUUUUUUAAAUGCUUGUUUUAAAAAUCUGGAAUGUCUUAUAAAAUAUACACACCUAAUAAGUCUCAAAAGAACAAGUAAGCCUUUGUGUUCUAUUCUUUAUAAAUGCUUCUUGAACAAGACAGUUUGCAGUGAGUAUGUAAGACCAUUAGUAAUGCUUGAAACAUGUUGAGUUUCUUGUCAGCUCAAUCUGGAGUAUAACGCAGCUUUUUUUAUUAUUAUUAUUUUUUUUUUUUUAGUAAAAUGUUCAUAUUGUAAUGUUUGUGCCCCUGGGGUCAUAUCUAACAGGUGUAAUGUCAGUGUUUGGUGCUUGUACAUAUUAUUUUUUAACU